AUGGCUGGUAUGAGUUAUUUGUUAUACGAAGAAGUAUUUUCACCGGCUGGACCGCAAGCAGUUUUUAGCAAAGCAAUGUCCCUGAUCAGAUCAGAUCCGGACUGCCAAAGGCUACUAGGUAAUUCAGUUGUCGGAUAUGGCGAAGGACGAGGACGAAUAAAACGUAUCGCUCAUCACACCUACCAGAAAGGAUCGCGACGAGAGGGCAUCACGACAGCCGAAAUGGAAAAGGUUGAUAAUAAGUGGAGGUGGCGUUUCCUCAUCGUUUCCACCACUGACCUGAUUCCCGAAACAGUUAUUUUGAUAGACAAUCGAUGA